UGUUUUUGAGCAAAUAAUGGGUUUGUACGCAUGUAAACGUAGAGAACUGACCACACUCAACGUACAGCGUCUCGUCGUGGUUCGAGAAUCGGAAACUACACAAAACAAACGAUGGAUUCCGACUGCAGAGAGGCCGGUGAAGAAUACAACUGCCAAUCAAUUGGUAGCAGUGGAAGGAGGAGGAGGAGAUGAUAAUGGUGUUAUCAGAAACAAGUGUUUGGAUAAGGAGAGAGAUGCUCUCCUUCAAUUCAAAGCAAACCUUCAUGACCCUGAUGGUCGUCUCUCUACAUGGGGAACCGAAGAAGAUGACUGCUGUAACUGGAUUGGAGUCAGGUGCCACAGCCAAACAGGUCAUCAUGUCACGGAGCUUGAUAUCAGCCACUAUAAUAUUGGAGGUGAGAUUAGCUAUUCAUUGGUUAACUUAACCUACUUGAAUCUUCUUGAUCUUUCCUCCAACUCUUUUCAUGGAACCAUUCCCACCUUCAUUGGUUGUUUGACCGAAUUAAGGUACCUUGACCUUUCUGAUAACUCUCUUUAUGGAAUCAUUCCUUCAGAGUUUGGAAACCUCACCAAGUUGCACAUGCUUUAUCUUCGAGAUCUUGGAAGUUGUAGAGUUGAAAAUGUAGAGUGGCUAGUUCAUCUCUCUCAUCUACAACAACUUGAAAUGGAUGGGAUAUCCCUAGCCAAAGAAAAUCAUUGGGUAGAUGUUAUUCUGAGUCUCCAAAAACUAACACAUUUAAGUUUAUUGGGAUGUGAGCUCUCACACGUCAUGUAUCCAUAUUCUUCAUUUCUCAACUCUUCUUCAUCUAUAUCUUUCCUUUAUCUUGGAAACAACAAUCUUACAUCAUCAAUGUUUCGUUGGUUGUCCCCAUUGACCAGCGAUAAGCUUCGUCAUCUUGAUCUCUCUAGCAACAUGUUAGAUGGGAUACCCAAAUAUCUUGGUAACCUCUGUAGGUUGGAACAUUUUGAAUUUCAUAACAAUUCUGCUGUUGUCAGUUUUCCUGAUUUUCUCAACAACUUGUCUGGAUGCACAUUGCGUACAUUAGCAGAGUUGGAAGCUUCUCAUAGCCAUUUUACAGGGCCACUCUCAGAUAUGAUUGAAAAAUUUUCUUCCCUAGAAAGAUUGUCCCUAUCCAGUAAUCAAUUAAAUGGCGCUAUAAAUGAGAAAUUGUUUGAACUUCCCAACCUUCUUGAUAUAGAUCUUUCACAAAACUCAUUCGAAGGAGGUCCUUUUCUAGAUCACAUGUCAAAGCUUUCUUAUGUAGAGUAUCUUAAUGUGAGCUCUGCCAAGCUAGGGCCUUGCUUCCCCAAAUGGAUUCAAACACUCAAACAUCUUACCCGUCUGGAUAUUGCCAACACUAGAAUUUCAGACACAAUUCCUCUGGGGUUUUGGGACAUGUGGCCUUCUCAAUUACAAUAUUUGAAUCUCUCUUCGAACAAUAUCAGCGGGAAAAUACCAGAUUUAUCGUCAAAUUUUGACUACAAUGCAGUGAUAGAUUUGAGAUCUAACAACUUUUCCGGUCUGAUACCAAAUGUUUCUUCCACUGUGCAAUCGCUAAAUCUUUCCAAAAACAAAUUCUAUGGAGGAAUCUAUUUUUUAUGCCAAAUUGCAGAUGGCUAUUUAAGAUUUCUUGACCUCUCCGAUAACUUUCUAACCGGACAUCUUCCAGACUGCUUGUGGCAUUUCAAAGAACUAAAAAUUCUUAAUCUAGGAAACAACAAUCUAUCUGGAAGGCUUCCUCCAGCUGUUGGAUGUUUGAUCGAACUCGAGGCAUUGUAUUUAUACAAGAACAACUUUUCUGGAGAAUUGCCUCUGUCUUUAAGGAGUUGCACGAGUUUAACCUCGUUGAAUUUGGGGGCUAAUAAGUUUUCUGGUAAUGUGCCUGUUUGGAUUGGGGAAAACUUAACAAGGUUGUAUGUUCUUAUCCUAAGCUCAAACAACUUCUUUGGAACCAUCCCUUUACAAUUAUGUCAACUACCGAAUCUUCAUAUUCUAGACUUGUCAAGGAACCAUCUCCAUGGAACCAUCCCCUCGUGUUUGAAUAAUCUUACGAGCAUGGUUCAAGGAGGAUUCUCAGCUACACAAAUCGGACAUUUUUUCUAUUCAAUUUCACAUUUUUGGCAUGGUUCAACAAGUUAUUUUGACCAUGCAGUGAUUGAGUGGCAAGGAGCUGAACGUGAAUUCAUCAGAUUUAAUCUGGGAUUGUUGAAGACCAUUGACCUGUCAAGCAACAACUUGACAGGAACAAUCCCUCUUGAACUGACCAGUCUUGUUGAACUGGUUGCACUGAACUUAUCAAAGAAUACUCUACUUGGAGAGAUUCCUUGGAAAAUUGGUCAGAUGGGAAACCUUUCAGUUUUGGAUUUAUCUAGAAACAAUUUGUCAGGAGGGAUGCCAUCAAGCAUGUCUCAAAUGAAUUUUUUGGGUUACCUGGAUGUGUCAUAUAAUAACUUGUCAGGGAGAAUCCCAUCUAGUACACAACUCCAGUCCUUUGAACCAUCAAGAUACGAUGGAAAUCCAGGACUAUGUGGACCUCCCAUUUACAAGACAUGUCAUGGAGAUGAAGAACUUGAAGAACCACCUGUUGUUGUUGGUAGAAAUGAGGGAGAUGAGGAAGGUGUUGGUGAAGUUUGGGGAUGGUUCUAUAUUGGUGUAGGGACUGGUUUUGCUACUGGAUUUUGGAUAGCAUGUGGUGUCUUACUUCUCAACCAUCGAGGGAGACAUGCUUUUUCUCUGUUCUUUGAUGGCUUCAAAGAUUGGGUUUAUGUGAAGGUGGUUGUAUUUGUUGCAAAUUUGCAGAAGGUUAGACAGACAUAGUUUCUCAUCUUGUUUUCUAGUAUGUAAAUAUGUUGUUUUGAACACACCUAUUACUGUUCUUAUUUAGGGCUAGAGACAUAGGAAUGUAAUUUGGCAUGGGCAUUUAAGUCCCCAAUAUUAAUAAGAUUGCCACAAACACUAUGGGUGGCCAUUUUAUCGUGCUGUGUAAAAUAACAUCCUGAAAAGUUCAUAUCUUUGAACCAUAUAAACACAAGAUCUUGUAUAUUUUUUUUUAAAAGAUUAUUUCUAGGAUAAUUUUCAGUGUAGAGUAUUUGAAGAAUUAGUGUUUAAAAGACAUUACAUCCAUAUAUACAUGUUACUAUGAUGCUUAUGUUCGUAGGUUGUUUUUUAAAUUGGCAAAAAAUGAAAAAUAGCAAGAUGGAAAAACUGGUUUGACAAGAAGAAGGCUGAGCUGAGGGAGUUGGAGGCAGAAUUGACCAAUGUUCAGUGCAGCAACCAACUCAAGGGGACAGUUAAGUAAAGAGCAAUACAAAAUGAUGGAAACUCAAGAACACAUUUAUUGGUUGCAAGGUUGCUAAGUAGAUUAUUUGCAGAAUUUCCAAUUCAUGCAAUCUGUUUCCCCUGUUCUUGGGAUUCUGAUGUCUGUUUUUAAUAAAAACGAAGUCACUUUAAUCUAUGUUAUAAAAUUUAGUAUAUGUUACUGACAAA